AAACAACAUGGUGGACAGAGUGAAAUAUAUAUCUGCAGCCUUUGUUUGAGUUUUCACAAUACAAGAGUCGAAAGUUUUUCAAAUUUAGUGCGAUUGUCUAUUUUAUUUUGCAAUACUUAAAUGUCGAAAAAAUCCAAACCGCUAAAGGGUAUCCUUGGAUUACCGAAAAAAGCAGAAAGACAAGUAUUUGUGUUUGGGCGAUUUGCAGAAGAACUCCCGUCAGAUGACAGCGAUGAUGCAGAUUUUACCAUAUUGGAAGGUUAGGAGAUGUAACACCGAUAGUGUAAAGAGACUUAUCUUACAAUUGCAAUGUUUUGAAGAGUUUAUCCUUUAAAUCCAAGGACAAAUUUACUUGCAAUUCUUUUGACCUCAAUGCGUGAUUCAGGAGUGAUAUAUAUUGUAAGGAUCGAAACAUCCGAUGCUAGUCCCUGUUAAGGGGUUAAAGGGUUAAUGCUCAUGAGAUAAUUUUGAGGGUAACCAGAAAUAAGGAAUCCUCUGGUACCCCAGGUUGGUUUGGUUGACUCAGACUCUCUCCUUCAACAAGUCUGUUAGAACUGACACCAGAUUACGUUAAAGAAUGAAUGCUAAAAAAAUAUAUAUUGUGCAGUGCAAUGAUUUAAAUACAUGGUGGAACUGAGGUGAGGUUUGUAUUUUUUCUGCAUUGAUUGUGCAGAUAAUUGUUGAGAACAAACACAGAGUGAGUGUUAAAAAUGUACGACACUCAUAAAUUUUUUACUGCAGCUUUAAUAUGUGAUUUUAAACUGUCAGGUAAUAAAGACAAGGAUAAAAGACAAAAGAAUACUAAAACAAGAAAGUCUGGUAAAAAGGCAAAAUCAAAAACAGUUUCCUCAAAUGAGGAUGGUGAGGAGGAGAAAUUGAAGAAAAAGAAGAGAAAUGUCCAGAAUGACUCUAGACAAACAGCCUCCAGUAAAAGAGCUAAAAUGGUUCUUUCUAUAGACAGCAAAGAUAUUCCUGUAACAACUAAACAACUAAAUCAGAAGAGGAAUGAUACAUCGGUGUCUCCAUGUAUAUCAAGUGGAUGGACAGAGCUAAUUCCUACAGAAAUCCUAUUAUUGAUAUUCCAGAAUGUCAUUAAGAGUAUCUCUGGGUCAUCUGUACCAUUUUUGUGCAAGUAAGUGCUCACAAAGUUGAAGCUGAACCUGUAUAUUUUCACAUUCCUUUGGUAACCCUGUGAUCAAUGCAGCUGUAGUAUGAAUGAUAUUUUCUUUGCAUUUGAGGAUGUCAAGAGUCUGUCGCAGAUGGAGAGAAGUUGCCAUAGAACCAGUUUUAUGGAGAAAUGUUGAUUUGUCCACUUCAUGUGUUAUAAAGGCAUCCUCUGGCACAAUAGAAAAACUGGCACCCAGCAGGUUAACAGCUGUCACAGAGUUAAGUCUUUUAGGGUGGGAAAAACUUACGGAUAAAGGAAUACAGGUAAUCAAUUUUGCUUAGAGUUAUGGCAGUGGCUGUCUGUUAUAUUAUUUUUAAAAGAGCUAUAUAAAAACAGAGCUCCCAAGUCUCACGCAUUGAGCAUGAGACUUGAGAGCUCUGGAAAAACUAGUUCUAGUUAGUUUCCUUGGUAUUUGAUAUUCUCUCUACUUUUCUGGAACUGUUCUUUGGUUUGUAGUCAGCUUCUCUUAUGAGUGCUAGUGAACGAUCUACAGAGAUCUCAUGUUCAUUCAGAGUUUGUACAAUCAAACAUGUAUCAGCAUGCACCAGUUUGAUGUGGUUUUGUAUCUGAUAGGUUGGGAAGAUAUAUAUAAAACUGAGAAGCAAAAUAUAAUGAAACUAAUCUCAGUUUACUCUGAACAUUGCUUUAAAUUGUGCUUCAUUACUUUUACAACACAUAGACAUCUAGGUCUUACUUUGAUUAUCAACUUUGUUGACAGAAUAGGUUGUGGUAGACCUAGAAAUGAGUUCUCUUUAGUCUGAUGACUGCUUAACUGUUUGCUAAUACCAUAAAGAUAGCUUAUGAUCUAAUCAACUAAUACUUUUUUUCUGGUACUGUAGGCAAUAGGGAAACAUUGUAAACAGCUACAAUCUAUUGUGCUAGCACAAUGUGGAAGCUUAACUUCAGCAGGUAUUGCAACCCUUGCUGAUAACUGUGGUCAGUUGAAGAUGAUAGAUGUUGCAUUUACAAAGGUAAUGUUUCAAUUUCUAAUGAAAAACCCGUUACUCUCAAGAUAAAAAUGUUGGCAGCAGGUUUCAGACCAUUUAUGUUUUUGUUCAGUUAUGUUGCAACACAACAAUACAGUUAUUACACAUGCGUACAUUUUAAAAUUGUCUAGAAUGGAUACACAUAAGCAAAUAAAGGUAGCAAUUAAAUUUUACCCUAUAAAAAUGUUCUUUUGGGGGGCUUUCUGUUUUGAUUUUUCCCUUGAUUUUGGACUACAGUGCACCCUUUUAGUGUCUCCAGUUUAUAGGGAUAGAUUGAGAUGAGGGGCCAGCUACAGCACAAAGCAAAAUUAAAAACAAUUUCAGAUACUGAAAAAUAGAAAUAAAUUAGGCACGAGGGUUGAGGUAUGUGACCCAAAAAUCAAACACUGUGAGACUUCAGAUUUCCAAUGGGUAGUGGUUUUUCUUUUGGAUAUCAACUUAAGGUUUAAGGCUUUCAAAAUGUUUGUUUAGAUUGACAUAGCCUGUCUCCAACAUCUUGUAAAAGUACUGGGAUGUCAGCUGGAGAAUCUAAGCUUGAGAAACUGCAAUCGCUUGCAUGGAGAAUCUAUUCUUCCACUUGUCCAGGUAAAAAUGCAAUUGUUGUCACAUGUUUUAUUCCUUCCAAUAUUUUACCAGAAGUGUGUAAGAAUUUAAAAUGUUGUAGCUACUCAGCAUUUUUCAUAAAAAAAACUGUUCUUUUCUUACAGGAACAUUGUCCAAACCUGAUCAGUCUUGAUCUGAGCAGUACCAGUGUAAGAAAACUUUGUGUGGAAAAGCUACAGGUACAGUUGAGUUUGCUCAUGAUGGAGUAACAGCCAAAGCAAACAUCAGAAUUGAAGCUGAUCAAUUUUUUAUCUAGUUUUGAUAUUUUUUUUCUGUUAAUCAUUUUUGCUUCAAACAUUUUUCUGUAGGCUGGAUGCCCCAAACUGAAACACCUCUUUCUUGUCAAUCUUUUGCUCACCUCAACACCCAUAUGUAAAACUCUUGUCAAUGGAAAGGUAAUUUGAAAUUGAUGCAAAUAGUUCAUAAACGCUCUCUUGACAGCAUUUAAAACAUACAAAAUCAAAUUUAUCUGAAAUUUGUUUCUUAUCAGAAACCAAAUGGCUUUACUGAGCUGGAGACACUGGGUCUGCCUUGUGGAUUCGUUGGGUCCGAUCAGAGAACUGACCGAUUACUGGAUAGGUGAGUCACUUAUUGAGAAACUAAGUUUGUUUGGAAAAUCGCUUCAAUCAAACUUCUCCCCAAAAGGGUUUGUCUCAUGCUUAGUACUUUUCAGGGAUGUAAUCAGUGGUGCUUGUGACAUCUCCGCCUUUGUGAGAUAAUUUUUUCCUUUUUCAGUCAAUAACAUACAAAUUUUAUACUACAGGCUUUCAAAAAGGUACAAAUCCUAACAAUCUACAUGGCAUAAAUCUUUGCCAGAGCUAGCUACUCCGUUUACUUUUCCUUCUCGCCGCAUUAAUAGAGCAACGAUAUGAGCCAAUUCACGUUGGGCGCGCGGAAUUAGAGAUUAGAGUAUGUAACAGGAAGUCCUCUUUAAAAGAUCCUAGCUACGCCUGUACGUUUCUGCAUUAGUUCUCUUCAGAAAAAAAAAGAACUUACUCUCAGUUCGCUGAGACGUCAGUACACCAACAUCAGUCCUUACAGAUUUACAAAUGACCAAAAAUAUACACGUCUAACCAGAAAACCAACUGCCCUGACCUUUCAGUUCUCAUUUGCGUAAGAAAACGUUUUCCCUCGGCCAAUUUCUUUUUCAUCGCCGUCCUUAAUAGAGUUGGCAUUUUCAAAAAGUGAAGCAUCACUCAUUUCUCAUGAGGAGUAUUGUAAAAUCAGUAGUGUGUUCUACGGAAUUUCUAUUUAUUGUAAAGGGUAUUUGGCGUUCAUAAAAUCACAUUCAGCCAAUGCUGAAACAUAGAUGCUGUCUCCGAAGUUGGAGAGAACCCAAAGAAAACAGUGUUAUCGACGGAGAAUGCCAAGGCAUACCAUUUUACCUCUAGGCAACACUCCCCAUAUUACCCUUAGGCCACACCAGCCAUAUUGCCCAUAGGCUACACUGGCCAUAUUGCCCCUAGGCUACACUCCCGAUAUUACCCCUUGGCUACACUAUCCAUGAAGCUCUUAGGCUACAGUAGCCAUAAUACCCCAAGGUUUACUUGCCAUAUCACCCCUAAGCUACACUAGCCAUAUUAUCCCUAGGCUACACUAUAGCCAUAUUACCCCUUAGACUCGCUAACCAUAUUGCCCUAAGGCUUUACUAGCCAUAUUGCUCUAAGGUACAUUUGCCAUAUUGCCCCUAGCCUAUGCUAGCCACGGGAAACGUUAGCUUUAUUCCCCCUUGGUAACACCAGAUUACAUUACCCCAUGACGGAGAAACAUCGCACUGAAAACGAAAUCUAUUUUAAUUGUAGAAUUCUGUGGGCAUCGCGCAACCUUAAAAUGCUUGACAUCAGAGGUCCCAACAGAUAUAGCCAUGAUGGAUUACGGGUAAGAUAUUACACAUGUAAAUUUCUCCAUUCUGACUGGCCAAGAGGAAUGCAGUUUUCAGGCAACACAAUGUAGAAACAUGAGGAAAUAACUUCAGUGCUGAUAAGUGGUAUUUGGUGAUCGUGGUCUGUUCCGAUUAAAGGGGAAAAUGGAAAUCCACUCGUUUAAAACCUUUCUCGAACGAUAUUCGAAGCAAAAGAUUGAUCAAUGAGGGCAUUUAAGCCCGUUUCGCAUUUCUAUAUCGAAACCUGUCAAACCGCUUUUACAAAUCUGGAAAACCUAUCAAACCGGUUUUGAAAGUUGAAGUCCACCAAAACUUGGUUUGGGUGUGGUUGAAAUUAAAUAAAAUGUUCGCUUUCCUUCCUAGUUUAACUCUAAUUUGUGGUUUUCCUAUUUUUCACCGGGAAGUAUUUUAGAGACAAGCUUUGAAUGAAUUUCUCCACAUGCAAAGCUGCUUGCAUUCAAUUCACUUCUUACAGUUUGAGUUUUUUUUUUUUACUAUGUUAGAGGCUGCCAGCUUCUUCACUGGAACAGCUGUACUUCACAAACAGCGCCUCAUUCAGCAAAGUUGCAGCUAUUGUGGAAAAGGUGACAGAGGUUUUUAGGGAAAUUUGUCAGGCAUUUCCACCCUGUCCAUUGAUUUAACCUAAAACCCCCUGGAAGUAAAUUUUGCUGGGUAUUAGAGUCUCAGAACCCAUACCCCAAUAUAGUCUAUCUAUUGUGUGGCCAAUUAUAGAACCCAUCUUGAUCACUUUUAGGAAAAUGCGAUUUUUUGCGAUCCCAGCUCAGUCACUCUCUGUUUAUGCAUCUACGUUAUAUUGACUUUUAAGCAAGUCUUCCUACAAUUAAUUGUCACAUUUGACUGCAAAUAUUCUCAUUUUUAAAUCCUUGCUUACUAAAAUUUUUUGGUAACCGGUGAAUUCGUCUAAUUGCAAGUUUGCCACCAAUCUCCUUUGCGAGUUCGCCCCUUCCCAAAUCAUUGAACUCGUGUUUGUAUUUCUUUGGUCGCCAAGGUUUGAUUCCAGAUACUCAAAUCAUACAAACGUUGACCAAAACAAUUUCCUCACUGUUAUCAAUAUGAACGAAACUUUUCACUAAACUCAGUCAAGUGGCUUACCUCGUGAGCCUCUAAGUCGACAAAGUGUCUGCGAAAAGAGUUUUUAUGUAACGCUGUUGAAUGUUUUGGGUCAACGUGAAAUUCGAAGAGAAGGCGAAAUAACUAGUUCUUUAAAAUUGCUGCAAACAAAAGCUCCAAAUUGUGUCAAACCUGUUAGAUUAAGAAUGGAGUAAUUAAAGGGCUUUGCAUUACUUGUGCAUUUGUCGUGCUUUUUUAACACGGCUAGGAAUUUGUAUGUUGAUCGAACCUUGGGAUGGUCUCGCUGUGAAAAUUGCAUGUUGGUCGCAAAAAUAUCAUGAUUUCGACAGGAAAUUAAUACGUUCUUUGGUAGGGAAACGAGUCGGAAGACUUGGGGCAAACCGGUUAAGGUGAGGGCGGAAUCGCAAAGGUGGUAGAGGGCUGACUUGUAGUGGGGUGAAUUAAUCAUGAACAGAAUUUUCUUACCCCCAUUCUAGUAAAUCUAUUGAAAAUUCAACCCCAUUUUAGUCAAUCCGGACAUGAAAAUGCGACUCUGUCCAGCAGCACAUCCCAUUAGUCUAUAGGAAGUGCCCCUCACCCGGGCCUAAAGCUUUACUGAUUAUAUCUAAGCCUGUCUAAACCAUUCAACACUGAGUCACAGGAAUUUCUCAUUUGGAAAAAAAAAAAAGAAUCUGCUCUCACUCUUUCCAGCACUUUUGAAUAACAAGCGACCUCUUGGAUUUAGGGCCAAACUUGCAAUCUCGUCACACGCUGGCAUUUAUCAUUAUCGUAACAGCGAUCCAAAAUAAAAAACUGACAAAACAUGGAUAGAAAUUCACCAAUCACAAUACAGAAAACGACCUUAAAAUCCCUCUGAAACGUUGUUUGUUUGCCAAGAGAUGCGAAGCAGGAUGGGCGUUUACGAUAAAUACAAACAUUUCAAUGAUUCAUCCACAUCUCCGAAGUUCGCACGUUAUUGCAGCACACAGUAAAGAUAAACUGACUGCUAUUCUUUCUCAUGUUAGUGGCACCAUAGUCUGGAAGUUCUGGACCUCUCACAGAAUAAAAACGUCGAAGAUGAAGAUAUGGAACUGUUGGAAAAUUUUGGAAUGCCAAAGCUACACACUUUAGAUCUCAACAACACCAAUAUCACUGCUUUAGGCUUAAAGUAAGUGGGAUACUUCUCAUUGAGGAGACAAGUACACAAGUGACCUUUUCACAUCUGUGUGACGUAGAAUUAGACUAGGAGAAUCGCUACUGAUUUCGUCUGGAAAGGAUUCUAAUCUCUCGCAGGCUACCUCCAUUCCCUAUUCACAAAAUCUAGUAGAAAGUGCCCUCCGUACUUUCUGGUAAAUUGAGGCAGUAGAGAUAAAGUUUCUCUUUACGUAAAAAAAAUCGAGUUCCUCCAUUUUUUCUCCUUAUGGUAUAUAAUUUUAAGAUUAUAACUAAAAUUAUGUGGCUUUCGAAUGGCUGUGUGUCAAAGUCACGGCUGAGUAAUUCUCCAAGGUUUUUAAAAUGUACACGGUUUAGAGCAAGAACUACGAUGGAUCAGCGCAUACGCGCCCUUGUCUCCUCGCUACCGCAGAUUUGCUUGCAUUGAUGUAACCUACAAUAUUUCUUUAAUGCAGGAGGGUGUUGAAUGGCUGUCCAAACCUCACAGAUCUAAACCUAUCUUCAUGUCGCGGACUUCCUCGAGGGAUCAAACAACGCCACCAAGGAGAGGGUGUUCUUAAACUACCACAGCGACUGGUGGAAAGUGAACAGAUUAGUAGUGACAGCGAGUGAACGACUUUAACUAGGCUUACUCUACAGAAGUUCCACGCGGAAGAGGUUGCAUAACUCAAGCUCCUAGAUAAACCAUCCUGUGUUUAAGAAUAUGUUAGCUAAGAAAUUCAGUCAGAUCCAGCGGCGUGUUUUUAAGCCAAACGGAACUUACUGUACCAGCAACUUUUGUACAGACGUCUCAUGGUUCCUGAGCCACACACAUACGUGAAAUAAAUUCCCUUUUUAGC